AUGAACGAUAUUCGCAAUUCCAGUGCUUUGCCCUCAGAAUUGAAUUGUCUCCAAAGGGAUUUUCCUUGUGAUCGUGGAUCACCAAGAUAUAGCAACUUUGGAAUCAAUUGUGGUGGCCCACGAAUCACAUCCUCAAAUGGUCCCACUUGGAGAAGCCUUGGAAGGCGUGUAUUUGACAUUUAUAUCCAGGGAAAUCGGGUGUUUGAAGAUUUUGAUAUAAAGAGGGAAGCAGGGGGAGCUUCAUUUAGUCCUGUUUCGAAGGAAGUAAUGGUUCAGGUUUCAAAUAAUUACAUUGAGAUACAUUUAUUUUGGUCUGGAAAGGGGACUUGUUGUGUACCUGAUGAUGGAACUUUUGGACCUCUUAUCUCAGCAAUCACUGCUACCCCAAACUUCAUCCCUAGAGUGAACAACAAUCCACCUUCCAACAACAACAAGAAUAAAACCGACUUUCUGGGAAUUGAUGCCAAGCCAUAUACUUUUGGUUAUGAAGAAUUGAGAGAUGCAACAGAUGAUUUUAGUCCUGCAAAUAAGCUUGGGGAGGGUGGUUUUGGACCUGUUUACAAGGGAACACUUGAAGAUGGAAGAGUUAUAGCUGUCAAACAACUAUCCAUAGCCUCCCAACAUGGUAGGAGUCAAUUUGUGGCAGAAAUUGCUACAAUAUCUGCAGUCCAACACCGUAACCUUGUGAAACUCUACGGAUGCUGCAUUGAUGGAGAGAAACGACUUCUUGUAUAUGAGUAUCUUGAAAACAAAAGUCUUGACCAAGCAUUAUUUGGAACCAACAGAUUGUCGCUUACAUGGUCCACCCGUUUCGACAUAUGCGUGGGAUUAGCACGGGGUCUCGCAUAUCUCCAUGAGGAAUCUCGCUUACGGAUUAUACAUAGAGAUGUGAAAUCUAGCAAUGUUUUGCUUGAUUCUGAUUUGAAUCCUAAGAUAUCGGAUUUUGGUCUUGCCAAACUUUAUGAUGACAAGAAAACACACUUGAGUACUCGUGUUGCAGGCACAUUUGGGUAUCUUGCACCAGAGUAUGCAAUGUGGGGACACCUUACAGAGAAGGCUGAUGUGUUUGGGUUUGGAGUUGUGGCUCUAGAGAUUAUCAGUGGAAGGCCCAAUUCUGAUUCAAGUUUGGAAGAUGAGAAAAUAUACCUUCUUAAUUGGGCAUGGAAGCUACAUGAAGAUAAUCGUGAAUUAGAGUUGGUGGAUGAAGAAUUGUCUGAAUUUGAUGAGACCGAAGUGAAAAGAAUGACAAGAGUUUGCCUUUUAUGCACUCAAACAUCGUCAACACAACGUCCAUCAAUGUCUCGUGUGGUGGCAAUGCUUUCCGGAGACAUAGAAGUAACUGGUGUCAUUACUCGACCCGAGUACUUGACUUUUUUCGAGUUUGACGAUUCUACAACAUUUAAGAGUGCUAGUACAACUUCAAUAAUUUCACCACAUGAUUCUUCCCUACCUAUGCUUCACCAUAUCAUGGGAGAAGGUAUGUGA